UUAUAUUUAUAUUUUAUAACCUUGUUUACCAUCGGAUAAGUUGUUGCAAAUUUUGGUGUUUCCUGUGUGGACUGAUAAUGCUUAUUGCAUACAUUUCGUACAAAUAAAUAUGCAUUUAAGAAAAUUGUGUCGAACAGUUUUCAAUAGGAGAUUUUUCCAAUGUUCCAGCGAACUGUUAAGCACAAAGGACAUUAAACCAUUUAAAAAUGUUCAGUUGUUUCAUACAACACUGUGUUCAUAUAGUACUACAACAAAAAGCACUUAUUUAAUUGAUGAGCCCGAAGUUUAUAAUAAUGACAAGAACUUUUCUGGAACAAACAAAUUUACUGAAAGAACUCACACUUGCGGAGAGUUACGAAUUGCUAACGUUGGUCAAACAGUUACACUAUGUGGCUGGUUAGAGUAUCAAAGAAUGAAUAAAUUUAUUGUUCUUAGAGACUCCUAUGGCCGUACUCAGUUAAUUAUCAAAGAAAAUGACACAGAGCCAAGCAAAUGCUUAGAAUCAUUGCCUUAUGAAACAAUAUUGAAAGUGCAGGGUACAGUUCAAGCUAGACCAGAAAAUAUGAUUAAUCCAAGUCAACAAACAGGGGAAAUAGAAGUAGUUAUACAAUCACUUGAGAUAUUAAACAAGGCAGAUACUAAUUUGCCAUUUAAUAUAAGGGAAUUCCAAAAAGCAAAGGAAGCCCUUAGGUUGCAAUUUCGAUAUUUAGAUUUGAGGUUUUCUGAAAUGCAAAGAAACCUCAGGGUACGAUCACAAUUUCUGAUGGAUAUUCGCACAUUUCUGGUGAAGCAUUCUAAUUUUGUAGAUGUGGAAACACCAACAUUGUUUAAAGCUACACCUGGUGGUGCACAAGAAUUUAUUGUACCUACACGAUUUCCUGGCCAGUGUUACGCACUUGUGCAAAGUCCUCAGCAGUUUAAACAAAUGUUGAUGGCUGGUGCAAUCGACAGGUAUUUUCAAAUAGCGCGGUGUUAUCGUGAUGAAAGUAUUCGGUCUGACAGACAACCAGAGUUUACUCAAUUAGAUAUAGAAAUGUCUUUUACUGAUGUUAAUGGAAUUCUACAGUUAAUAGAAGAACUGUUACUGUACUCAUGGCCAGAUUUUCUUCCUCCAUUACCGUUUCAAUUUCCUAGGAUUUCGUAUAGUGAAGCGAUGGAGACUUACGGUUCCGAUAAACCGGACGUAAGAUAUGAUUUUAAGUUAAUAAAUUUAACUGACAUUUUUAAAGAACAUAAAUUUGAAGACAAUUUUGGUGCUUACUGUGUAUUUUUCAAUCAUCCUUACUGCAACUUAACAUCAACUAUAAAGGCGAGGUUAACAGAAAUUGCUAAAAAAGCACCAGAAGUUAAAUUUAUUCAAAGUAAAGUGAGCAUUGUGUCAGAAUGGGUAGAGAAAAUUUCGGACCUACUAGGUGAAAAAAUUGCUAACAUAAUAGCUGAAAAAGUCAAACUAGAAAAUGAUUCAGUUAUUUUCUUGGCUUAUGGGGAUAAACAUGCUGUGUUACCUUUAUUAGGACAUGUAAGGGUAGAAUAUGCAAAGCAUAUGGAAAAAAGAGGGCAUAAAAUAGUAAACGACGGUAUGUUUCCAUUGUGGGUUAUUGAUUUUCCUCUUUUUGAGAAAGGGGAACUUUCAGGACAAUUUAACUCCGCCCAUCAUCCUUUUACAGCACCCCAGAAAAGAGACGAACACCUGCUACACACCAACCCAUUGCAAGUCAGGGCUCAAGCUUUUGACCUUGUAUUAAAUGGAAACGAAGUGGGAGGAGGAUCUAUACGAAUUCACGAUUCUCAAAAACAAGAAGAAAUUUUGAAUAUAUUAGGGAUACCAAAAACUAGUCUUAAACAUAUGUUGAUGAUGUUGAGGUCUGGGUGUCCUCCACAUGGAGGUAUAGCAUUGGGUAUUGAUCGACUGUUGGCAACUAUGCUUAACACAAGCAGCAUUAGAGACGUAAUUGCAUUUCCGAAAGGUUUUGAAGGCCGGGAUCCUAUUAGUGGAGCACCUUCCCCCAUAACCGAGUCAGACAAAAAAUUGUACCAUAUAGAAGUGAUUGAAAAUGAACAGUAACUGUUUUAUGUUGUACCUACUGUUAAAACGGUACAAAGUAUUAAACAGUGUUUUAUAAAAAGGACGCAUGACAAAUAUUUUUAAAAAAAUUAGUAUAUUUCAAAUGUACCUUUUUAAAUUUGCACUAAACCUUUACAUAAAAAUGUUUUCAAAUCCUCUA